GGCGCGGCGCGGGGCCGGCUCCGCUCCAGAGAGGCCCGGGCGCGGCGGCGGAGCGGCGGCAUCGCGGAGGCGGCGGAGCCCGGGGCCGCUGCGGGGCGGCGGCGGCGGCAGCACCGGCAGCGCCAGCAGCAGCGGCAGCAGCAGCGGCAGCCGCCCGCCGCCGCAUGCCCGGGCGGGCGGAGGCGUCGCCGUCGCCGUCCAUGCAGGGCGGCGGGGCGUGAGGCGGCGGCAUGAGCCAGAGCGAGGUGUCGGCGUGCGCGGCGCCGCCGCCCAGCCAGCGCGUCUUCCAGGAGGCGGUGCGGCGCGGCAACACCAAGGAGCUGCAGUCCCUGCUGCAGAACAUGACGAACUGCGAGUUCAACGUCAACUCCUUCGGGCCCGAGGGGCAGACGGCGCUGCACCAGUCCGUCAUCGACGGCAACCUCGAGCUCGUCAAGCUCCUGGUCAAGUUCGGCGCCGACAUCCGCCUGGCCAACCGGGAUGGCUGGAGCGCCCUGCACAUCGCCGCCUUCGGGGGCCACCAGGACAUCGUCCUCUACCUGAUCACCAAGGCCAAAUACUCCGCCGGCGCCCGGUGAUGCCGGGGCCGCCCCCCCCCCCCCCACCCCGUCCCCGUCCCCGGCCGCCAAAGCUGCUCCCGCCCCCCCCGUGGGGUUUAUUUGGCGAAGAUUUGGGGCCCCACGCAAAACACGCCACCGAUCGCCUGCUUUUACAUUUAUUUUUUUUUUCCUUCCAAGGGUUGUUUUCCUACUGUAACGUGGUGGUUUUUUUGUUUUGGUUUGUUGUUUUUUUUUUUUUCUCCAUCUACCUCGGCUGCACUCACAGUAUUCACGGUUUCAGUUUGACAUCUGGUCAGAGGCUUUAAAGGCUCCCCCAUCCCCUCCCUGCUAAUAUUUAUCCUCCCUCCCUUGCUCCCCUUGCUCCCUCCGACUUAAAAGUGUUCUGGCUCAGAAACGAAUUCAUUUCAACACUCCCCAAAGCCCACCCGCUGUCCCCGAGUGGGGCCGGGGGACGCCCCCGUGUCCCCCCCCGGAGCGAGGAGCAGUACCCCGGGACGGGCUGGGGGCUCCCGCCUGCCCGCGGCCUUCCCCGCCGAGGAAGAGCAGGAAAGCUUUCCUCCCCUUGCGAGCUUCUCCCAGUGUUUUACCACCACUGAUUCAUUUUAUUUUUUUUUUUUUCCGAGGCGACUCCAUUGGAAUAUGACAGACACGGUUUUCUCACCCCGAUUGCUCCUUUUCUUGUUGUUUUGGGUUUUUUUUUGUUUUACUUUGCAUUGGGUUCUCUGCUUUGGUUUUCUCUUUUGGGUGUCCGAAGAAAGUUUGCAUCCUCACCCACUCCUUGAAUCCGUUUAGCACGCGUGAGUUCCCAGGAAAAGACAUUGAAUCCUUCUGGUUUUGUGUGUAAAGGGGGAUUAGCAAAUCCUGGACUUUCUUUUCUUUUAAAAAAAAAAAAAAAGUGAAAUAAACUCUAGAGGCAGAGGAUUUGCUUUUGCACAGAAAAGGGGCGCGAGCGCUCUCUGCUGCCUAGAGAGAUGCCGGAAAACUACUGAAAACAGUUUGGGAACAUUUUUUUUCUUUUGGUGAAACAUGGAUAACACUUCUCAAUGCAGAACGAUUCAUUUGAUGUAUGUAGAUUCACCUGCCUUUUAUAUUAUAUAUAUUUGCCUAAAUAUAUAUAUUUAUAAAAGAAAGGGAGGAAGAAGAGAAAGCCACCCGAAGUCGCAUUUUGAAGUGACUGCACGUAUAAUCGCAAAUGCUGCUUUUUUAUUGCUAUGGCACAAGAACAUCCAUUUGGAAAAUGCGGAAAAUUUCAGAAGUCUCCUUUCUCCCGCUGGUCUUUCAGCCCUCUUCUCUUCGUCUGCACUAAAAUCAUCCAUAUCACUGCCGUCUCCCUGCUCUUUCCUCUCUUGCUCCCUGCAUCCAAACCAUUACGAUUAAAAAAAAAAAGAAAAUAGUUACCUGCUGGUUUAUUUGGGUUGUGUCUUAACUAUUUAUCAUGUAUGUAUAUAUUUGUGGGUGAAGAUUGUGAGCCUGGUUUUGUCUGAAGCUGGUGGUGAGUGUUUCAAAAUAUGGUUUGGGAAAUAUGCUUUUUUUGUUUGUUUGUUUUCCUAGUCUUAAAACUAAAAAAAAAAACUUGAGUCUGCCAUGAUUAUUUCCCAUUGCACUGAAUAUUCUGCUUUGUCUCUGAUGGUUUCACCUACAGUUUGGUUUUGGUUUUUUUCCACUUCAGCAAUUUGAGAUGAUUUUUAAAAGCUCCAGAUUUAAAGAAGAAAAAGAUAAAAAAGCCCUGUCGAAAGCAUCUACUGUUAAUGCUGUAAUUUGCAAGGAACUGCUUGGCCGAAGUCUUUCUGCGAGCAUGGAAGGGGGUGUCCAGCACUUCCACUGGUGCUUCUGUGCGAUAGUUACGGGGUGGGAACGAGAUCUUUUCUAGCAAGGUUUUAUCGUCGUUACCAGAUGGUUGCACAUUUUUAUCUGACUAAAUGGAUUUGCCACAAUGAAAUGUCAUAACAUUUAUGACAUGAUAUUAAAAAGUGUAUUGUAAAGCCAAGUUCUAGAUGGAUUUUUAAAAAGAAAUCUUGGUUAUAAACCCAGUCUAAAGGGAGCUCUGUCCAGUGUUGUAAAGACAACGUGAUGUAACCCAUAUUUAUAUUUUUAUAAAAUACCUAUUAAGACUGUGAAUCUCCUGUGUGAAUUGCUGGGUGAGUUGUUUAAGAAAAGUAUUGUUCCUUUCCAGCCUCCUGGAGCUUUAGACAUGCUGAGAUUUUGGGAAACUGUACGUUGGGGAAGGGGGUUUGCUCUGAAAUUGUGAGUUGAUGUAUUUUUACAUCCCUUUGUAUUUUACUGAAAAGCUGCUGCCCUUCCUAGUCCCUAGAGUUUCAAUUUUCUAUGCAACCCCCACACCCCAGUCUCUCUUGAUCCUGAGAAGUAAAAGGGAUGCAGAUUGAUUCAAAUUGAAAUGAGGGUUCCCCCACCCCCCUUGUUGGCUCAUCGUGCUGCUGACCCUUCACGCCAAAACGGGGAGUACAAGAAAAAAAAAAGAAAAAAAGAGGCAGGUGGGGGAGGCUCUUUCGUGCAUGACUGGUCGCCUUCUGGCAGUCAUCUUUUUAAUUAUUAUUAUUAUUUUUGUAAGAAGAAUAUAUUGAUAAUGUCAGUGAAAUAAGCAGACAUUGAAGCUGAUGCACAGAUUGCUCCAGAAAGGAGUUUUUCUGUAGAUUUUUCUUUAGAUGCGAAUACCUUUUUUAAUUAUGUUAAUUAAUGUUAAGAAUUUUUAGGCUUAUAUUGAAGCUGUAUGUGGGUCACUAUAUGAUCAUUUCUAACUGGAUAAAGUCUGUACAGUACAGCAUAUUCCUGAGUGUAUGAUAUAGACGUGUAGCCCCAGAGUGCAAAAUUUAUAAAUAAAUUUUUCAUUGAUCUUUUUAUAAAAAAAACAAA